GACAAUCGUUUUCCGUUUCUUAAUAUUAUUAUUAUUACUAUUACUACUAUUUGUUACCGUUGUCGACGAUUCCGAGCACUUAGAACGCCGUAAAACUGAUCGAACAGGUUGUUUACGUUCGAGACCUGUGCGUCUGUUCGGUGAACACCGUGCGGAAUGAAUAUACGUUAAUCGGCGGCGACCGUUCAAACGAAUCCAUUAAUUCCGGUGAGUCAAUUGCAAUAUAACACGAUUAAACGUAUUUACUGCACCGUUGGUUUUUCAAUAUUUACAAAUCAUCAAACACAGGAUUUCGUGUGCUCACUAUAUGCCGCCAUGUUCAUUAAACAAACGGAGCAAAAACGAACAACUAAAUAAUAAUUAGUUUUAUAUCUAGCCGAUUUACAAGGAUUAAAAAAUAUAAUCAUGCAGAAGUACAUGUCAAAAUCUGAAGUUCGAUGCGCUAGCUUAAUGAACAAUAUAUUAAACGAAAACAUAGAUGUAAAUGAAAUUUUGGAGAAAAUUAAAUCAUUUGAACCAUGUAAUGUUCGUCCUGGGGUUGGAAAAAUAGAAUUUACAUUGUAUGUCAUUAAUUUUGUUCACAAUAAGACAAUAGAGUUUGUGAAUCCACCAGUUGGAAAUGAAACUCCAACAAAUAAAAAUUUAUUCAAUGUACCAGAAGUUGAAUCCUCUACAGUAAAAAGAAUACUACCACAUUCUUCUUCACCAAAAAAAAGUGUGACCAAUCAAGAAAAAAAGACUGUUGAAAUUCAUACACUAACUACAAAAUUCAAAAAAAACAAAAUUACUGAUACUAACUCGAAAGAUAGAAAAAGUUUGGAUGUACUGGGAAGUCUUUAUGCAGCGGUGAUCAAAUCUAAUAUUUUGUGUAAUUUAUUUCAUGAAUUAGGUUAUGUUUUUACACUACUUACCAUUAAGGAUUUUGAAAUAAAGUUUAGUAAUGAGAGUUUUGAUUUUAAUAUUAACUGUUUCAAAACAAAUGAUGAUUGUCAAUAUUUUGCUUCUAAAACUAUACAAGCUUUGGAAUCAGUUAUAAUACAUUUGGAAAGACCAAUUAUUACUCUUAUUUUGAAACAAAAAACAAUUAGUACAUAUGUACCAGAAUUAAAAAAAACUCUUGAAUGUAAAUUGGACCAAACUAAUUUAAAUGAUGAGAGUAAGAUUACCAAUUCAAGUAUAUCCAAAGAUAUGGUGAAAUUUGAUGAAGAAUUUGAUGCCCGAGAUUGUUUUCCUACAAUGCAAAUGUUCCAUGGCUUCAAAUCUCAAAGAGAUGCAUUUUAUGAUUUACUAGAGAAUUGGAAAGAAAAUGAUACUCAAUUUCCUAAAAAAUCAGCUAUUAUUCUAAAAUUGCUACAUGAAAAUGACUGCUCUAUUAACAUGAUUAAAUUUGCCAAGCUAUUUGUUGCUCAAUUAGUAAAUUCAUCAUUUGAAGAAUCAAAAAAUAUUUAUAAAAGCAAAACCAUAAAUGAUUUGUCUGCUUCCAAGUUAGAAUUACUUAAUCAAAGAAUAACCAAUCGUGAUUAUACAAGUGGACAUAAAGUUAAUCCUGCAAAUGAAUUUCCUGGUGUGCAAGGGUUCUUUAAAGAGUUAAUAAUCAUAUUGUUGAGCAGUGGUAUUUUUUGUAAAUAUUUGAUUGAUGCAUUAGUACAUAGAAUAGAUGUUUUAAACUCAAUGGAUUGGGCUUCUGAACUACAAGAAGGUGCGAUAUAUCAACAAACAUAUUUUUUUUAUGUAGAUACAUUAAAGAUUUUAGCAAAAUUUUUAGCAUUUACCUUUUAUCAACCGUAUAAAGAUUGUAAUGUUAUAAAUCCUUCAUCAAAAGAGUAUGUAUGGGAUAUACGAUCUAAGGUUCUACCUCCAUUAAAUAUUCUUGAUAAAUUAUGCAGUGCUUUUAACCGAGGACAUAGAGAAAUUGUAUUAACAACUUCAUGGGUAAUUGAAUACUUGUACCAAGUGGAUCAAAUUUCAAUUACAACUCCUUUUUAUAAAAACGUUUUGACAUGGCUAUAUUCUUUUUGUAUGGCCAAUCCUGUUAUAACUGGUUCUAUGCUAAUGUUAAGAUUACAAUUUAAUUGUUUACUUGAAUACAUAAAUGUAGCUCCUCAUAUACUGUUUGACAAUUCUUCAAAAAUUAUUGAGACAAGUAUUUUAGAAAAUACUUUCAAGGAAUUUAAAAUUGAUCAAUUAGUAAAUACAAAAUUAAUUUAUCAGUAUUGCCCACAGCUUAAAAAUUAUCGUAGUAUAUUAGAAUGUAAAGUAAGUAAUAAAAAAAUUAAAUUUGUUUCACCUAUUAUCAGUUCAACCAGUCAAAAAGGAAAUCCACAUCGUUUGAUUGAAUCUGAAUUGGAAUCAAAUUUUUUUGAAAAUCAUUCUCCUUCAGUUUUGAUAACAAUUGAUUUUGUUGCCAAAAGAGUAGCUUCUUCAUGCACUAAAAAAAUUCAAAACAAAGGCUUGGCUGCUGUAAAGAAUCUAUUUAUUGAUAUUGUGUGCGAAAAAUUUAAUGACUCUAUCACUAACAAAACGGAUAUUGAGUUUAAUGUUGAUGAAAGUGAUAUUGCUAAAUGCAAUGUGUUUUUAAAUACAACUAUUCAACAAUAUAUAGAGCAUUUUUCUAAAUAUAAUAUUCCUAAUUCUAUGAAAGAGUUAUUGGAUUCUGAUACUGUGAAUCCUGUUUCAUUGCCAUUUUGUAUUGAUGUUACUGUUCGAAAAUUCAAAGCGCUAGUUGCUGAAUGGGUUAAAGAUCAUAUUAAUAUCAAAAAUAUGUUUAUUAACUACAUUAGCACUGAAUUGAAGACAAAUUUAAAAGGCUGUAUAUUAAAUGAAGAUGGAAGUAAUUUGCGUGAAAUAUUGAUUACGCAUCAUGAUCAACAGCCGGAAGAAUUGUUUAUUCCAGAGACUAACCUAUUGUUAGAUUUGAAUAUACUUGGUUUAAAAAUUCUUGAACUUGAUGAAAAUGAAUUAUUUCCCGAUGAGUUAUUGAAAUAUGCAGACAAAUUUAAAAUUAUUUUGGAAAACAAAAAUAAAAUGAAGCCUGCAUUGUACCGUUAUUUUAUAACAAGACUAAUUGAUCAGGUUUUCCUAGCAACAUAUCAUGUGCCAAAGUUUUUGAAUAAAAAUGUUAUGAGUGCUUAUUUCCCAUACCUGGCUGAAAAUGUCUAUUCCGUUUCAAUGAUAUUAUGUGAACGUAACAUUUAUAUAUUAUCAGAGAUAUCAAAUUCUCAAAAAGCAAUUGUAAUUGAAAAACUUACAGCUUGGUUAGAAUAUUUAAUUGAAAAUAAUUUUCUCUUACUUGACGAAUUGACAAAUCAAAUUAUGUCAAUUUUACAUCUAUCAUGGUCUGAUGACACACUAAAAUGUUUAUCAAUUUGCUUUAAAGAUUUAAAUGCUGUAUGCUUGAAAAAAUUUGAUGAUACCAAAGUGCAAGAAUUAUUUAUUUGGCUUACUCAUUUCUUGGAUGUGAUCGAAGAUUACAAUGUAGAAAUUUAAGAAAAUAAAACCAGCAAACUAUUAUUACAAUUGUUAUACGAAUUUAUUUUUCAAUUAUUUUCA